AUGAAGGCCCUUGGAAUCUUUGAGGAUGUGGAGCUUGGUCUCAAGAACAUGCACUUGGCCAAGUUCUUCUCUUACCACAUGGAAUCCUACAAGGAGCUCACUUGUGAGUUCUUAGCUUCAAUGAGGUAUCACAUGUAUGAAGAGGAAGAUAGAGCUGAUUUGGACCAAGGAUUGGGAUGGAUCACGUUCUUGGCUAAGGGAGAGAAGAGAAUGGUGACCUUUAGGCAGCUGGAGAUCUUGUUUGGGUUCAACUAUGGAGAGGGAACCAAGUGGAACUUCAAGGAAAAGGAACUCCAAAGGGUUUGGGCUACAAUCGCUGAUGGAGUGUACUCUUCCUCAAGGUCCAAGGCAGCUCAGAUCAGGAGCCCAGUCUUGAGAUAUGUGCACAAGGCACUUGCCAACACCUUCUUUGCAAGGAAGGCGACCGGGACAAUCAACGAGGGGGAACUCAAGUUUCUUGACAUGGGAAUCAAGCCCUUCUCUCACGCACAAGCGAUGGCAAGAGGAUCAGGGGAGAUAGAUCUGACACAGGGAACUUGA